GACGUUCUGGACGAACAAGUUCGGGUCGCAACUGUGCUGCAGGGAGCAGAGACGAGGUCAAAGGUGAGAUGGCUCAGGUGCGGCGGUCGGUGAGUGAGGCAUUGUGGGCGAUGUGCGCGGCCGACGCCGCGUCCAUGCCCGUCCACUGGUACUACGACAUCCACGACAUCAGGAGGGACUUCGGAGGCUGGAUCACCGGCUUCAACGCUCCCAGAAACAAACACCCGACCAGCAUCCUCAACCUGUCCAACACCACUGGCAGCGGUCGGACCGCCUGGUCGUCUGGUGCAAGACGAGCUGAAGUCGUUGGAAACGUCAUUCUUCACGAUAAACUGAAGUUCUGGAAAUCUUCUACCGGCUCAGUUCACUAUCAUCAAGGUCUGCAGGCCGGCGACAACACGCUGAACGUCCUCUGCGCUCUCAGAGCGGCUCGGACGCUCGUCACCGGCGGCUUCAGCGACGUCUCGCAGCCGGACGCCCGAGCCGCCGUGCUGGCGGACUACGUUCAGUUCCUGACCACGCCCGGCACGCACAACGACACCUACGCCGAGUCCUCCCACCGCUCCUUCUUCGCCGACUGGCAGGAAACCAGACCGACGUCGAGCCGCGAGGUUCUGAAGUUUGCGGAGAAACGUUCCAAACAGAAGUUAAACUCUUCCUUCUCCGACAGCCAGCUGGACGCCAUCGGCUGCCUUCCCAUGAUCCUCCCCUUCAUCCUCCUGUCAGCCUCGGCCAAUGAGGAGCAAGCUGUUUUAGCCGCUGUAGAGUUCGUGAAGCUGACCCACCCCCACCCCAGGGUACCCGAGUACGUGUCGAUCUACAGCCGGGCGCUGCACGCCGUGCUGGGCGGAGCCAGCCUCCGCCAGCAGGCCGAGCACGCGCUGAGGACGCUGGGCACCUGGGAGACCUGCCAGAGCUACAGCCGCAAGGCCGGCAGGUUUCCUGUGUCCUCGGAGGAAAGACUGAGAGUCCAUCAGAGCGCCGUGAACUAUCUCGGUCUGGCCUGCUACACUAAAGGAGCUCUGUCCAGCAUGUUCUACCUGGCUCAUGAGUUUCAUGACGACCCAGCGGGAGGAAUCCUGGCAAACACCAACUGUGGAGGGGAGAACUGUAACCGCGGGGCGGCGCUGGGAGCCCUGCUGGGAGCCGGCGGCUCGUACAGCGGCGCCGGCGUCCCGCAGGACUGGAAGGACGAACUGAGAGACGGCCAGGAGUUCAUCCCCGACGUCCUGAAAGAACUGCAGCACUGACAUCACAGUGACAUCACAGUGACAUCACAGCGGCGUCAUCAGAGUGACACCACAGUGACACCAGUUCAAAACCACUGCAGAUCAUAACGUUCCACUCUUUGUCUUCCUGUUUACAAAUACAAUGAAAUAAUUCUCUUACUUUUAUUUAAUAACAAAGUUUUAUUGUCAAUAUUCUGAUUUUUGUCAUUAUGAAAUAAAAAAACUGAUAAAAUGU